AUGCUACUCCUCAAGGCGGGCAACGAGCGCUUCGUGCGUGGCCGGCCGAUGGCUGCGCCGAUUGACCACCAGGCCCGACAACACUUGGACCUUUCUCAGGGCCCCCACACCGCGGUCGUCGGCUGCGCCGAUUGCCCGGUGCCCUUAGAGACCAUCUUCGACUCAAUGCCGGGCGAUAUCUUUGCCCUCCGCAACGCUGGGAACGCGUGUACUCACGCCGAGGGCAGCAUCAUGGGGAGCGUGGAAUUCUGCUGCACCCAGCUGGGCUCCAGGCUCAUCUUGGUGCUGGGCCACAGCCACUGCAAGGCCAUUGAGGAAGCCACCAGGACCUACUUAGAGAGUUCGGGCAGAAGAGCCCAGGGCCUUCUCUUGGAGCUCAGCCGCUCUGUGGAGCUGGCGGCCUCCGAACUGGGCCCCCGUGCGGCGCGUGCCGCGGAGCUGGUGGCGGCGGCGGUGAAGGUGAACGUCUUCCGCACAGUCAACUAUCUUUUGCAGUCCUCCAAGACCAUCCAGGAGAAGGUGAAGAAGGGUCACGUUGAAGUGCUGGGUGCCGUCUUUGACAACAAGACUGGACGGGUGGAAUUCUUGGGCAAGUCGCCCAACGAGGCACUCUUGCUCAGCGAGCCCAGUCAGCACCUGUCGGUGCCGGCGACGAACCAGGCCGAGCCCGGGUCCCCCGCGCCCCGGAGCAACAGCGACAGUGGACGGAACCCUGCCCUGGCCAUGAAGCUGCUGACAGAGGGCAAUGCCCGGUUUGCGCUAGGCACCGAGCGAGAUGCUCUCAGCUGCACUCCGAAGGCCACCUUUGCAGCGAUCCUCAGUUGCUCGGAUUUGCACCUGUCGCCCGAGAAGAUCUUUGGCGCUGCCUCCGGCGAGCUGUUUGUCCUGAGCAACACCGGCAACAGCUUCAGCGGCGACGGAGGGAGCUUGAUCGGAAGCCUGGAAUUCUGCGCCGGGAAGCUGAAUGUCUCGGUAAUCUUGGUCCUGGGCCACCGUGGUUGCGACGCUUGGGGCGCUUGCGCACGCUCCGCGCGCGUGGCAGCUGGUUGCGCCUGCAGUUGUGGGGAGGACCGGUCUGCGGGGCAUUUGCUGAAUGGUGUGAUGCACGACAUGAGCGCGGUGAUUGACCGUGCCCAGCGGGAGCUGCAGUCCAACAGGGAGGGCCAAGGCAUUGUGUCGGUGGAGGCGGUGGCGGAGCAUGCCAUUCGGGCGAACGUCUUCCACACCAUGGAGCAUCUCUUGCGCCACAGCGAGCGGCUGACCGAACUGCUCCGUCAGGGAGAGUUGGAGGUGCAAGGUGGCAUCUUUGACAAGGAGAGUGGCUGCGUGGAGUUCUUAGGGCAUUUGCCUCGCCUGAACCAGCUGCUGGUGUCGCUGGACACCUCCAAACGAAAGAACCAGCGCGAGCGCUCGAAGCAAACGGCCUCCAGCUGCGUCUCCGCCCAGGAUGCUUUAAAGCUGCUCAGAGAGGGGAACAAUCGCUGGGUGAGCAGCACAGCAGUGGCCAGCAGGAUCCCUAAGACCUUGGCCAGCGACGACGGCCGCGCGCCCUUCUGCGCGAUCAUCGGCUGCGCCGACCUGCGGACACCGGUGGAACAGCUCUUCGACACGCUGCCCGGGGAGAUUUUCGUGUUGCGGAACGCCGGGAACACCAUUACACAUGCCAAAGGCAGUGUCAUGACGAGCCUGGAGUUCUGCACCUGCAAGCUGAUGACGAGUUGGCAGCUGCAAGUUUCGCUUCGAAGCCUGGUCGCAGCGGAUCGUGACGAGACCGCGGUGAUCUUUCUCCAGCAGUGCCAGGCGUCACCCAGCAAGGGCCUCUACGCGAAGAAGAAGGCCGAACCCAAAGCAUUGGUUGACGCCCCUGAGAAGGGGUCGCGGGCGCGGGUGGAUCGGCCCAGUGCCGUGGAGAGGAGGCCAGCAGCAGUUGACGUUGAGACAGCAAAGACAGACAAGUUUACCUACCUCCUGCAGCUCACGGCUGCACAACUACGUGGCUUGGGGCUAGUCGAACUGGCGUAUGGGUACUACUAUGAUGGUUUGGUCAAGGUGGCCGGCUAUGUCACAGGCUUGGGUCGUGAUGCUGACUUCCUUGAAUUCCGAGUGACAGGUACCCAGACGGAGCGGUUCGUCGAUGUUGUGAGCGAUCCAGACAAGCGGGUGUUUCAGCUGCAUAUAUGCCCCAAGGACUGCCAUCACACCCCUACGGGUCCGGAUAUCCUGCACGCUUCAGGGUACUGGGAGUUGGGAGACAACAGGCAGCCUUGGCACACUAUGCUUGAAUCUGUCGCCCCCGUGGUUGAGGAGCGUGACGAGAUGGCCAAGCUCAGGGAACACUACGCCUCCCGUGCAAAGGUGGUUAAAGGGGAGAAGGCUUCUCCCAGUGCAGAGGAAGAGAAAGAAGGAAAGAAAAAGAAGAAGAAAAAGAAGUUGAAGGAGAAGGAAAAGAGGGAUGCAAAGGACAAGAUGGACGGAGGUGGCAGUGAUGAGGAUGCUCCAGUUGAGAAGGGGCAGAAGAGCCUCAAGAGCUUGUUUGGGGGUACAUGCUUGGACCCCCAGUUCGAUGACCGAUCCAAGCUCCUUCGCAAGGCCCGGAAGUUGGGAAAGAAGGAGGGCAAGAAGAGGAAGCGUUCCUCGAGUGAAUCCAGUUCGUCGGGGAGUUCAACUUCAGAGGAGGAGGACCCGCUAGAGACUGGAGAAGGGCUGUUUGCAGAGAAGAAGCGUGCCCUCCGGUUGACCCAACGAUACCCGGGCUGCUUGGGUGCGCAAACUAUUGCAGGGAUGAAGGACCUGCUUUUGACAAGUAGCGGAACCUUGCACUCCAUCGAUCGUCGUUCACUCCCUCCGCUAUAUACGCAGUACUACAGGGCCGAGCUGCAUGCGUUGGUGUCGCCGUCAAUGGGUCAAGAGCUCCUGACAUCAGCCAGACGGCUGACCUACUCUUGCGGGGACAUCCUGCACGGGCCAUUGACCUGUUAUCUCAAAGGUUCAAAGCCCUCGAACAACAGGCCAGAGGAGCUCAUUGGACGGUUGCAAGACAGCUGGAGUUGGUGUCAGCUGACGCGGUUGGCCUCUCGCAAGGUGCUGAAGGAGCUGAAGCAGCUCGCCUGGCGCGAGAAGAGGAUGGAGAGUGCCUCCUGGACAGGCGUGUCGGGCAUAGGAGCCGAGAUGGCAGAGCUGGACAUGACUGAACGGGAGCCGGAUUUUUCCAAGUCGCUUGAGGUUGGCUCCCAGUGCAAUGGUCGAGUUGAAGCGCAUUGGAAGUCUACUAUGCCGCAAGCUGGCAUGCAUGUUGAAAGGGAGAUGGACACCAGUCGUGCCUCCCAGUGUGACCCAGAUGAGAUGGAGCAGCAACUUGUUGAUGCCGCCCGUUGCGAGGUCAGCUAUGACACCAAGGACGACAAACAGCUGGGCUGGCGACUGGCCUUGAGCCGUGCCGUGCAGCGCUAG